UGAUCACUCAUGGAACAUUAUGGCUUCAAGAUCACCACUUGUCUGUGCAUCAAAUUGUCUGCAGAAUAUACUCUUUCGUGAUGCUUUCACAAUUUCUAGGGUUUUAACUUGUUAUCAACCAGUGCGUUACAGAAAGAGAAGCAGUAGGCAUCCUGAAUGGUUUGUAAGACGUAGAGGGAAGUCCUUUGAUGAGGGGUUAACCCAGGAAAAUAAACAAUUUAUUAAAGAUUUAACAGUAGAGCAGUAUAAAAACAAACCAAGUCCUUUGAAAGAAGAACCAUUAGAAAGAGGGGAAUGGGAUUUAAGAACAAGAAGAACUGGAGUAUUAGCUUUAAAGAUAGGAGUUAUACCUCAAUGGAGAAAAGAUGGUACAAAAAUAGAAACAACACUACUUCAGAUCAUUGACAACCAUGUUAUAAGAUACAGUCCACCAGAAAAAUUUGCCCAAUCAGCUGGAUGGAAGCCAUGGUGGCGGAGGAAGUAUGGUAGUGUGGUUGUUGGUGCCCUAAGCUGUGAACCUCAUCUGUUUAGUAAAGAGUAUAACAAUUUGUUUACUGAAGCUGGUGUUCCACCAAAGAGAAAGUUGACAAGAUUCCUUGUAUCUCCUAAUGCUGCUAUACAACCAGGUUUGCCAUUAACAGCAAUGCACUUUAGGGUUGGAGAUUAUAUAGAUGCUCAGGCAAAAACUAUUGACUAUGGUUUCCAAGGAGUUGUAAAGAGACAUGGGAUGAAAGGUGGUCCAGCAUCUCAUGGUGGGACUAAAUGGCACAGAAGAAUGGGAGGUACCGGUGGUGGAGGGGACAUGGCAGGUAUAUGGAAAGGAAAGAAAAUGCCUGGUCACAUGGGAGCAGACUGGAAUUUUGCUAAAGGCUUGAGGAUUUUGAGAAUAAAUACUAAGUACAAUGUGUUAUAUGUGACUGGUACCACACCAGGUGGGAAUCAUUGUUAUGUCAGGAUAAUGGAUACAUGUCUGCCAAACAGACGGAGAGAGAUACAGGAUCAACCACCCAUGCCAACAUUUUAUCCCGAAGAUGUUAAAGAUCCAAUUGAGGAGGAAUAUUUUGAUGAAACUGUUUUUGAUUUUAAAGAACCUUCAAUUGAGUACAUAGAUGAAGAAUCUAAUAAAUGAAUAUGUUAUA